CUUGUUGACUGGGGCUGUUCUUGCUGGUCGGUGCCCCAGGGCCAGGAGAGGUCUGAAGAGACCUGGGAGCCGGUAGCCCUGGGCUCCGCUCUGGGUUCUGAAAGCCCAUUCCUUGCUCUGCGGCUCCUCCCACCCCACCUCUUCUCAGCCUUGCAGCUCAACGGUUGAUCUCAGGAGUCCAGGACCCCGGAGAGGGAAGAAUCUGAGGAACACAGAACAGUGCCCUGGGAUUUAUAAAACUGGGUUCUGAAUGCUGAAUAGGAGACGGUAAGAGCCAAGGCAAAGGACAGCAGUGUUCUCUGCCUGCCUGAUACCCUCACCACCCGUGAACCAUCCCCCAGACGCCCCCUUAACUCUGGGAGAGAGAUGGCUGGCGGAGCCUGGGGCCGCCUGGCCUGUUACUUGGAGCUCCUGAAGAAGGAGGAGCUGAAGGAGUUCCAGCUUCUAUUCACCAGUAAAGUGCACUCCAGCGGCUCUUCGGGCGAGACACCCGCUCAGCUGGAGAAGACGAGCGGCAUGGAGGUGGCCUCAUACCUGGUGGCUCAGUAUGGGGAGCAGCGGGCCUGGGACCUAGCCCUCUGUACCUGGGAGCAGAUGGGGCUGAGGUCACUGUGCACCCAAGCCCGGGAAGGGGCAGACUACUCUCCGUCAUUCCCCUACAGCCCGAGUGAACCCCACCUGGGGUCUCCCAGCCAACCCACCUCCACCGCAGUGCUGAGGUCCUGGAACCGUGAAUUGCCAGUGGAGUGCACCCAGGGCUCAGAGAGAAGGGUUUUGAGACAGCUGCCUGACACAUCUGGACACCGCUGGAGAGAAAUCUCUUCCUCACUCCUCUACCAAGCUCUUCCAAGCUCCCCAGACUUUGAAUCUCCAAGCCAGGAGUCGCCCAAUGCCCCCACAUCCACAGCAGUGCUGGCGAGCUGGGGAUCCCCACCUCAGCCCAGCCUAGCGCCCAGAGAGCAGGAGGCUCCUGGGACCCAGUGGCCUCUGGAUGAAACGUCAGGAAAUUACUACACAGGAAUCAGAGAAAGAGAGAGAGAGGAAUCAGAGAAAGGCAGGCCCCCAUGGGAGGCAGCAGUAGGAACGCCCCCACAGGUACACGCCAGCCUACAGCCCCACCGCCACCCAUGGGAGCCUUCUGCAAGAGAGAGCCUCUGUUCCACAUGGUCCUGGAAAAAUGACGAUUUGAACCAAAAUUUCACACAGCUGCUACUUCUACAAAGACCUCACCCCAGAAGCCAUAAGUCGCUGGUCAAGGGAAGCUGGCCUCAUGAUGUGGAGGAGGAUCGAGGACGUUUAAUUGAGAUCAGAGACUUAUUUGGCCCAGGCCUGGAUACCCAAGAACCUCGCAUAGUCAUACUGCAGGGGGCUGCUGGAACUGGGAAGUCAACACUGGCCAGGCAGGUGAGGGCAGCCUGGGGGAGAGGCCAGCUGUAUGGGGACCGCUUCCAGCAUGUCUUCUACUUCAGCUGCAGAGAGCUGGCCCAGUGCAAGGUGGUGAGUCUGGCUGAACUCAUCGGGAAAGACUGGACAGCUGCGCAGGCCCCCAUUAGACAGAUCCUGUCCAGGCCAGAGCGGCUGCUCUUCAUCCUCGAUGGUGUGGAUGAGCCAAGAUGGGUCUUGCAGGAGCCGAGUUCCGAGCUCUGUCUGCACUGGAGCCAGCCGCAGCCGGCGGAUGCACUGCUGGGCAGUUUGCUGGGGAAAACCAUACUUCCCGAGGCAUCCUUCCUGAUCACGGCUCGGACCACAGCUCUGCAGAACCUCAUUCCUUCUUUGGAGCAGGCACGCUGGGUAGAGGUCCUGGGGUUCUCUGAGUCCAGCAGGAGGGAAUAUUUGUACAAAUAUUUCACAGAUGAAAGGCAAGCAGUUAGAGCCUUGGGGUUGAUCCAAUCAAACAAAGAGCUCUGGGCCCUGUGUCUCGUGCCCUGGGUGUCCUGGCUGGCCUGCACCUGCCUGAUGGAGCAGAUGAAGCGGAAGGAGGAACUCACACUGACCUCCAAGACCACCACGACCCUCUGUCUGCAUUACCUUUCCCAGGCUCUCCGAGCUCAGCCUCUGGGGCCCCAGCUCGGGGACAUCUGCUCUCUGGCUGCUGAGGGCAUCUGGCAAAAAAAGACCCUUUUCAAUCGAGAUGACCUCAGGAAGCAUGAGUUAGAUGGGGCCAUCAUCUCCACCCUCUUAAAGAUGGGUAUUCUUCAAGAGCACCCCAUCCCUCUGAGCUACAGCUUCAUUCACCUCUGUUUCCAGGAGUUCUUUGCAGCAAUGUCCUAUGCCCUGGAGGAUAAGAAGGGGAGAGGUAAACAUUCUAAUUGCAUCAUAGAUUUGGAAAAGUUGCUAGAAGCAUAUGGAACACAUGGCCUGUUUGGGGCACCAACCACACGUUUCCUAUUGGGCCUGUUAAGUGAUAAGGGGGAGAGAGCGAUGGAGAACAUCUUUAACUGCCGGCUGUCUCAGGGGAGGAACCUGAAGCAGUGGGUCCCGUCCCUGCAGCCCCUGCGGCAGCCACACUCUCUGGAGUUCCUCCACUGUUUGUACGAGACUCAGAACAAAACGUUCCUGACACAAAUGAUGGCCGAUUUCCAAGAAAUGGGCGUGUGUGUGGAAACAGACAUGGAGCUCCUGGUGGGCACCUUCUGCAUUAAAUUCUGCCGCCACGUGAAGAAGCUUCAACUGAUUGAGGGCAGGCAGCACAGACCAGCAUGGAGCCCCACCGGGAUAGUCCUGUGAGUACCCAAAAUACCCAUGUCUCCAGCUCCUCUGUCGGUCCAUAAGCCCGCGUGACCUGAGCACCAGAGGCAUGCUCACUGAGCCUGGCCAGGGGCAGGGGUGGCUAAAGGAUCAGGGUCGCCAGUGACUUCUAACUACCCAAUCUGACCACCAUGCUCU